AUGGAUCACGGAUUCGUGAGCUCGCCGUCACAAUCCCCGAAUCAAUCCUUCUUUACCAGCGGACACUACUUCGACAGCACCGACGAGAGCCCCAGUCCGGAGUCACCACAUCAAAGAAGCCAAAUCAUGUUCAACAGGACGCCCUUGCAGUAUGACAUGUUACAGUAUGGAGCGACGCCGUCUGAUUACUAUCCCGCCCUCCAGACCGCCAGGAUAUCGGUAGAAUUUAACGACCCCACCUCGCUCGACCAGAAUGACCGGCGGAAACGGAGGUCGGGCAGUAGCUCAACCCCGACCAAGGACAAAGACACGAUCACCAACAUGCAUUUGAGGCGUCGAGCUCAAAAUCGAGCUUCUCAACGAGCGUUCCGGGAGCGCAAGGAAAAGCACGUCAAAGGGUUGGAGCAUCAGUUGGAAGAUCUCCAUGAAAAGCAUCAAGACCUUUUACAGUCGUAUACCCGUCAAGCCGACCAAGUCACCAGGCUGAACAAUCAGAUUGCCGAGCUCAGUGCCGAAGUCAAUGCUCUGCGAUCAUGUCAAGAUCAGUCCUUCAGUGACAUGCUCAUGCCGGACAAGUUUGAGAAAUUUGACGCAUUUUUCGGGCACGACCUGCCUGGCAACGGACCCGACUGCUACUUCGACAAGACCACAAUCGAUCUCAAUUCGGAGUUCUCCUUACAUUCCUUUGAGGAUUCGCUGUAG